ACGUGACUCUCCCGCAUCACAUGAUGAGUGUGGCGCUGCUGUGAGGAGGAGACAUGGCCGCGCACUUGUCUUACGGCAGAGUGAAUCUGAACAUUUUGAGGGAAGCAGCGCGGAAGGAGCUGCGGGAGUUUCUGGAUAAGUGCGCGGGGAGUAAGGCUAUCGUCUGGGACGAGUACCUUACUGGACCAUUCGGUUUGAUAGCUCAGUAUUCCUUGUUAAAGGAACAUGAAGUGGAAAAAAUGUUCACACUCAAAGCAGGACGGGUUCCCUCUGCCGACGUCAAAAACAUUAUCUUCUUUGUCCGUCCGAGAUUGGAGCUGAUGGACAUCAUUGCAGAGAAUGUAAUGAGUGAGGACAAGUUGCAGCCACCGCGAGAGUUUCACAUUCUGUUUGUGCCCCGGCGGAGUCUGCUGUGUGAGCAGCGGCUAAAAGAGCAGGGAGUGCUCAACUCCUUCACCAACAUCGACGAGUACAUCCUGGACCUCAUCCCUUAUGAUGGUGACCUGCUCUCCAUGGAGUCUGAGAGCGCAUUCAGGGAAUGCUAUCUUGAGAAUGAUCAGACGAGCCUGUAUCACACUGCCAAAGGGCUGAUGACUCUUCAGGCUCUGUACGGAACAAUUCCUCAGAUAUUUGGGAAAGGAGAAUGUGCACGGCACGUGGCUAACAUGAUGUUGAGGAUGAAGAGGGAGUUUGCUGGCAGUCAGAAUCAGAUCCUGCCUGUGUUUGACACUCUGCUGCUGCUGGAUCGCAAUGUGGACCUCCUCACACCACUGGCCACACAGCUCACUUACGAGGGUCUCAUUGAUGAAAUCUACGGCAUCACUAAUGGUUAUGUGAAACUGCCUCCUGAGAAGUUUGCUCAGAAGAAGCCUGGAGAAGGAGGUAAAGAUCUGCCGACGGAGCCAAAGAAACUACAACUCAACUCAGCUGAGGAGCUGUACGCUGAAAUCCGUGACAAGAACUUCAACGCUGUGGGAGCAGCUCUCAGCAAGAAGGCCAAGAUCAUCUCUGCUGCUUUUGAGGAACGUCACAAUGCGAAGACUGUUGGAGAGAUUAAACAGUUCGUGUCUCAGCUGCCCCACAUGCAGGCUGCUCGCAACUCUCUAGCCAAUCACACCUCCAUUGCUGAGCUCAUCAAAGACAUUACCACCUCAGAAGACUUUUUUGAAAAUUUGACAGUGGAGCAAGAAUUUAUGACUGGAGUGGACACAGACAAGGUUAACACAUAUAUAGAAGACUCUAUUGCACAGAAGGAUCCUCUUAUCAAGAUCCUCCGGCUGGUCUGCAUGCAGUCCGUCUGCAACAACGGCCUGAAACAGAAAGUACUCGAUCACUACAAGAGAGAGAUCCUGCAGACGUAUGGAUAUGAACACCUCCUGACCCUGAACAACCUGGAGAAGGUCGGCUUACUCAAACCGCAGCUCACCACCCGGAACAACUACCCCACGAUCAGGAAAACCCUCAAGCUCUGGAUGGAGGAUGCAAAUGAACAGAAUCCCAACGACAUCUCAUACGUGUACAGUGGUUAUGCUCCACUCAGCGUGAGGUUAACCCAGCUGCUGGCCCGGCCCGGCUGGCGGAGCAUUGAGGAGGUGCUGAAAAUGCUGCCGGGUCCACACUUUGAAGAGAGACAGCAGCUUCCAACCGGCCUCCAUAAGAAACGUCAGCAGGGUGAAAACAGGACCACGCUAGUCUUCUUCCUCGGUGGCGUGACCUACGCAGAAAUCGCCGCUCUUCGUUUUCUGUCUCAGAUGGAGGACGGAGGGACGGAAUACGUCAUUGCCACCACUAAACUCCUCAACGGCACCAGCUGGAUCAAAUCUCUGAUGGACCGCCCAGAAGCUCAAAUACUUUAAAUCAUCUGUUACUGUCACUACAGCGACUGCCUUCUGUUAGUGAUGGGUAACAUGUGACUGUCUAUCUGCAAAUACUGUGGCUCGGCUUUUGCUUUCUGUAUAUAUUCUUUUUUCAUGUGUUUUGUUGUUGCCCCUCGUCCCUCCCCCUUUUUUCUGUGGUAAGUUGGUCACCAACAAUUCCCAGUGUGGCCUUUCUUGAAAGCUUUUUAAAACCCAUUAAAUAUAAAAAAAGCCACUUCAAAUCCCCACAGGCAAGUUGCCAGUGUUGUAUAUAUCCUACAUUCUGUUAAGAAAGGAAUAUUAUUACAGAGGUGUGAUCACCUCAGCUAUUCCACUCCAGCUCUUCUGCUAACGAGGAAAAGAAGAACGUACAGAACUGGAGUGAGAAUGAGAGUGGUAUUAUUUAUCAGGUGGUUGUGAGGUUUAGUCACUUGAACUUCCUGUAAGUUUGUGUCUGCAUUAAAAUGACUUGUUGUACAGAAUAACUACACACUUUGCUGAUCUGUUAUGAUGACUAGCCUUAAUAAUAAAAAACUAACAAAUCCUGAUAAAAA